AUGGCUACAGAGGUUCCCAAAGAAGUUACUAACAGAUUAUUCCAGGCACUACAAUCAAAACAUAGAGAAAAUCGUGUUUGUUUUGACUGUGGGUCAAACAAUCCAACCUGGACUAGUGUUCCAUUUGGUGUUUUUUUGUGUAUUAAUUGCAGCGCAGUUCAUAGAAACCUGGGCACACACAUUACGUUUGUUCAAAGUACUAAUCUAGAUGUUUGGAGCGUGGAUAACUUGAGAAGAUUUAAGUUUGCAGGUAAUCAUAAAGCAAUUGAAUAUUUCAAUAAACAUGGUGGCUCUCAGUUUUUAUCAAAUGGUAGUAACGGUAAAAGCAAUAACAGAUGCGAUGCUAGAACUAAAUAUACUUCUCAAGUAGCUAAAAAAUAUAAAAAACAUUUAGACAGUAAAUGUUUACUUGAUGAAGAAAAGUAUGGGAACGAAAUUGUUUUGGAUGAUAUGGAUCAAGAUAGUACUGGAGGCGAAUCUAACAGCAACAGCAGUAGUACUGAUGAUUUUUUUGAUAAUUGGAGUAAACCAGCGACACCUAAGGUCUUGACCCCAAGGAAUUCUCCCGUCUUACAACAUUCACAACAGCAAAAUGGGAACAAGAGUAAUACAAAAGCAACUGCCACCAACGCUGCUAGCACAAUGAGAAAACCCUUGAGAAGAUCUGUAAAUAGUAGUGGUAGUAAUGGUACAGGUGGUAGUACACAACCUAAACACUCUAUUUUAUCCAGCAGCAGAAAGCCACGAAGCACCAGGAUAGCAGCCAAUAAAGUAUCCAAGGAAGAUGCAGAUGAUUUGUUUGAUCAGUUUGAAAAGGAAGCGCAAGAGGAAAAAUUGAACAAAGCUGCAGCAGGAGCUUUAGGAUCUGCAACAACAAAUGUAAAGAUUGUUAAGCAUGCUGCAGAUGAACCGGAUAUGAAAUAUAACGCUAACAAAAAUGGCAAGAAAGAAGAUAUUGACAAUUUGGAGGAUGAUUUUGAGGAAGAUUUUGAGGAUAGCAGUAAUGAUACAGUAGAACAAGAUUUGAAGCCUAAAUUUGCCCGCUUAGGCUUUGGUAUGACUAUGAAUAAUGCUAGUCAGUUGACCAAUCAACAGAAGCAGGCCAAAGUGAACUCUGAAAUUAAAUACACCGGUAAAGUAGCCAAAAAGUUUGGCGUUCAAAAAGGUAUAUCAUCUGAUGAAUUUUUCCAAAGAGGAUCGUAUGAUGAAGAUGCCAGUCGUGAGGCCAAAGAAAAAUUGCAAAAUAAUUUUAGUAAUGCAACAAGUAUUUCAUCAGACAGCUAUUUUGGUAAAGACAACGAAGACACAGAAGAUGGCGAACAACAACAAUAUGGUGGAAGAAGAAGUACUAAUAGUAAUAGUUUUACGAGUAGGAUUAUUGAUGAUAACGAUGAUGAUUUUCAAGUAUUGAGGGAUGCUGUUGAACAAGGUGCUACUAAAUUAGGUAAUUAUUUGAGAGACUAUUUAAGAAAUUAA